AGGGACCCAGGCAGGGGCCUCUGGCUCCCGACGCUGGCCGAGAGGUGAUGAGUGAGGUCGGAAGAUCGCAAGAUUUAAAAAGCAUCUGGAGUCUCCGUGUUGAAAGACCCAGUGCAAAGGCAUCACCAUGAACACGAGCAUUCCUUAUCAGCAGAAUCCUUACAAUCCCCGGGGCAGCUCCAGUGUCAUCCAGUGCUAUCGAUGUGGAGACACCUGCAAAGGGGAGGUGGUUCGCGUCCACAAUAACCAUUUCCACAUCAGAUGCUUCACCUGUCAAGUGUGUGGCUGUGGCCUGGCUCAGUCAGGCUUCUUCUUCAAGAACCAGGAGUACAUCUGCAUCCAGGACUACCAGCAACUCUACGGCACCCGCUGUGACAGCUGCCGGGACUUUACCACGGGCGAGGUCAUCUCUGCGCUGGGCCGCACCUACCACCCCAAGUGCUUCGUGUGCAGCUUGUGCAGGAAGCCUUUCCCCAUUGGAGACAAGGUGACCUUCAGUGGGAAGGAAUGUUUGUGUCACACAUGCUCCCAGUCCAUGACGAGCAGUAAGCCCAUCAAGAUCCGUGGACCAAGCCACUGCACUGGGUGCAAGGAGGAGAUCAAGCACGGCCAGUCACUCCUGGCUCUGGACAAGCAGUGGCACGUCAGCUGCUUCAAAUGCCAGACCUGCAGCAUCAUCCUCACCGGGGAGUGCAUCAGCAAGGAUGGCGUUCCAUACUGCGAGUCUGACUACCACUCCCAGUUUGGCAUUAAGUGCGAGACUUGUGACCGAUACAUCGGCGGCAGGGUCUUGGAGGCAGGAGGGAAGCACUACCACCCAACCUGUGCCAGGUGUGUACGCUGCCACCAGAUGUUCACCGAAGGAGAGGAGAUGUACCUCACAGGCUCUGAGGUUUGGCACCCCAUCUGCAAACAGGCAGCCCGGGCAGAGAAGAAGUUAAAGCAUAGGUGGACGUCUGAAACUUCGAUCUCACCCCCUGGAUCUAGCAUCGGGUCACCCAACCGAGUCAUCUGCGACAUCUAUGAGAACCUGGACCUCCGGCAGAGACGGGCCUCCAGCCCAGGAUACAUCGACUCCCCCACCUACAGCCGGCAGGGCAUGUCCCCCACCUUCUCCCGCUCUCCUCAUCACUAUUACCGCUCCGCUGGAGAAAGUAACAUCUACCGGAAACCCCCGAUCUACAAACGGCAUGGUGAUUUGUCAACAGCAACCAAGAGCAAAACAAGUGAAGACAUCAGUCAGGCCUCCAAGUACAGUCCAGCCUACUCGCCAGACCCCUACUAUGCUGCGGAGUCUGAGUACUGGACCUACCACGGGUCCCCCACAGUGCCCAGAGCCAGAAGGUUCUCAUCUGGAGGAGAGGAGGACGAUUUUGACCGCAGCAUGCACAAGCUCCAGAGUGGAAUUGGCCGACUAAUUCUGAAGGAAGAGAUGAAGGCCCGGUCCAGUUCCUACGCGGAUCCCUGGACCCCACCCCGGAGCUCCACCAGCAGCCGAGAGGCCCUGCACACAGCUGGCUAUGAUAUGUCCCUAAAUGGCUCCCCUCGGUCCCACUACCUGGCUGACAGCGACCCCCUCAUCUCCAAAUCUGCCUCCCUGCCUGCCUACAGAAGAAACGGGCUGCACAGGACACCCAGCGCAGACCUAUUCCAUUACGACAGCAUGAACGCUGUCAACUGGGGCAUGCGAGAGUGCAAGAUCUACCCUUAUGAACUGCUCCUGGUGACCACAAGAGGGAGAAACCGACUGCCCAAGGAUGUGGAUCGGACGCGUUUAGAGCGCCACCUGUCCCAGGAAGAGUUCUACCAAGUCUCCAGCAUGACCAUCUCCGAGUUUGACCGGCUGGCCCUCUGGAAGAGGAAUGAACUGAAGAAGCAAGCCCGGCUGUUCUAGGCAGAAGCUCUAUAAAUAUAUAUGCAUUUA